AAAUGAUUGGACAGCUAUAGACGACUUAGUUUUAUAACUACGGUAGGCGGACCGUGAACUAUCAACAUCAUACAAAUUCAUUGCGCAAAUCAUUUCGGGAAUAUUCAAAACGGAUUUGCACUUUAUCAGGAAACAAACUACAUGUAAUUAAGGAGUUCGAACUCUUUGAUGGUACGGAACAAACAUCAAUGUGAUACACCUUGGAUUAUCUGCGUGACUGUUGCAUACUAUGACGCCAUUAUUAUGGACAAUGCCAAUGGAUAGUGUUUCUCGCUUUUGCAGUCGACAUAAUUAUUUUGUCAUAAAUGAAAAUUUUUGAUACCAACUUUGUCGAUUAUUAUAUUAUGCUGGUGUUCCAUACCAGAUAUAUUGAAUUAAGGACAUAUUUUUAUAGUUCUUAUAUGUAACAGAUCUCCAUUAGUCGGGAAUCAUUUUGUGUAUCAUAACUCUCACUUGGGCCCGGGAAAAUAAUAAACAUUGCUGAGCGCAUCCUUGUGACUUAACAAUGCGCAUAGUAAUAUUAUCACCGCGCAGUUAUUAAUAUCGACAACAACACAAAAAUUAAUACACGUGACAUCGACACGAACGCAUCAUGCUGCAGUACCACUGAACGAAAUGAAACUCCAUAACAUACAAGCCCAUCUUCUUCAUUCUCCUGUACAAAAAUACUAGUCUCAAAAGUGCCAGCAGAUUUUCAACUACGAAAUUAAAGGAAAACAUAAAAUAGUACACGGGUGAAAGUGAACGAAUUUAAAAAGGAACGGCAACCUUGCCAGACGAAUCUUAAACUUGGAAAUGCAUUCAAACUCACGAAGGUCAACAGUGAUAUCCCGUUCGAUCAUGAAAAUUCAACCUUGGAUUUGGAAUUAUUAAAGAGUAAACACCGAUCUUUCUUGGCCUAGUAGGGCCAUGAACUGACCCUUCAGUGACUUAUAACUCAGGGACGGAAAACAUGUUCAAUAUGUGCGGUAUCGUCCAAGGAACAACAAGAUUACCAGGACAAAAUAUCCAAUACAGACUCUUUCUUUUUAUGAUCACGUUUUCGAUCUUGAUCGCAUCGGAUUCCGCGGUAGCAUUAGCAGACGACGCGCCAAUUCGCCACGAGCGCGCUGCCGUGGUGUUCAGUGACCAGGGAAACACUCUGUACGACAACGGUACUCUCGUGUUCGAUGCUGCUAUGAACGACGAUGUCGAUGUUUAUCUCCUCGACGAUGUGGAGUACGAGUGGGAAGGGCUUGGUAACCGAGCGGCGGGGUGGGUGUGGGAUGGAGUAGUGAGAGCGGUCCCACCCAGCGAAGUAAUAGCUCUCCUGAAGAAACAUCUAAUGGCUGACGAAUUCGAUAUCCCCUCGACGGUAAAGGAGGCCUUAAUUAUCGAGAUGCCCGUGAUCAUAACGUCGUUCAUGCUCAUCGCUAUGGCCAUCAUCCUCCCCAUCGUCGGCCUUAUCUUCUGCUGCUGCCGAUGCGCGGGAAAGUGUGGCGGGACUCGAAAGGAAGAGGACCUCGAUUCCAUCAUAACGACGUGGGGUGUUGUCGUCUGCGUUCUGCUGAUUAUCGUCUGUGCAUUCAUCGGGACGUUGAGUUACUUGACGGCCCCCUCGAUCAACCGUAUGGUCGACACCGUCGAUCACACCAGCUCAGUGGCGAAUAACAUUUUGGAAGAUAUCCAGACUUUUAAAGAUGAUUUCAUACAGGAUUUGCAACAAGUUGGAGUCGACGACCUUGGCUUUGUAACAGGAGCUGUACAUUCAAAGUUAGACGCUGUUGGCCAGGAAGUGGCGUCACCGUUGCUAAGGGAUACGGCGCCAUUUUUGACUGCUUUGUCAGAUUCUGUAGAGAGUUUGGCAGAAGAACUCACAUCUUUCACGAGCAACGGCUCGGCGUUAGACCUGUUACUUCAAACAACUGUAAACCUAGUCUCUGCUGGACAGUCGCUUGUUGAUGCUCUGGAUACAGCCAAGGAUGACUUGACUACAAUAAGGGACGACUGUCUCGCUGACCCUCCUCGGGCUGGGUCUGGGGCAUGCGACAACAUCCCUGAUCCGUCGCUUCUUGAUACCAGUAGCGUGGACUUUAGCACGAUUAACAUCGGAGAUCUUGAUCUUGAUGACAUUAGAAACGAGAUGCAAUCCGCCCUAGCAACCAUUCGUGACCUGAUUGACACGGGAAAUGAAACUCUGCACGAUAUUCCAGAGUUGAUAACCAACACAAGUGUGUCGUCGAUUGAUGGAAUUCGAGAUGCAAUCUCCCAGUUACAACAAGUAGUAGGGGAUCUUGUCAACCAAACCUCGCAGUCAUUAAACGAAACAUUCGACUCACUCAACUUUGAUUCCUUGAAAGAGACAAUCGACACUACAAUUCAGCUCCCAGUAGAAAAGAGUGUCACUGAUCUGGCUGCCUCACUUCUACCUGUCGUUCUCGCCUUCAUGGUCGUCCUGACCGGUCUCGGGCUCCUCGUCGCCGUCAUCGGACUGAGAUGGAACGACGGCCCGGGGAGACGGGGCUUCGGAUGCGACUGCGGCGGCAAGAUGUUGAUGGGCUCGGUGUGUUGGUCUUUCUCCAUCUCUUUAUUCGUCUGUUUACUUGCGGCCAUCUUCCUUAUCAUUGGCUCCACCCUCACCAUCGUUUGUGAUUCGCUGCUUGACCUGUCACUCAUCCAAGAGGUGGUUGAUGACCCGGAUGUAUGGGGUGGUACCCCAAUUACCAGUCGCUUCUCUUUUGGCAAUUCAACUUUCAAUAUCACUGUCUACGAAAUCUUAGAAAACUGUCAAGAAGAUGCAACACUAUUUAAUGCCCUCGAUCUCGGAUCGUCUGGACUUCUCGAUGUCAUCCAGGAUAUGGACAUCAGAGAGAUGCUGCCUGAUUUGACAAGUGUGUAUGAAAUGGUCAACGACACCGUGACCGCUUUGGACAUCUUACCUGGCGAUGAAGCAAACGCCCUCUUGAGUCAACUGACCAAUCAGCUAUCACCCUCCAACAUCACGGAAGCCAUCCAACAGAUGCAAAGUGAACUCAGUCAGAUUCCCUUGACAAACCUGAGUGACGCCCUCAACGAUGGAGCUGAUGCUGCCAAUGGAGCCUUCCCGGCAAUGGCAACAGACUUACGUGAUCUGGCUAGUUAUUUAUUGAGCAUCAAUGACCAACAGCUACAGCUCAUCAUCAAUAUUACGAUGGCGCUUUUUGAAGAAGUCUCGAGAUUAAACACAUCUUUAGUAGGGGUUGAGAUUGUUGCUGAUGAGGUUUCUGGUUCAGUAUCCAAUUUGGCGGAUUUUAUUCAAGACGAUGCAGGGCCAAUAGUUACACAGGCUCUGGAAGCUUACAUUGAUGGCAUCCUCUCAAUAGCAGAUCAGUUUACUGAUGAAGUCCUGCGACGGAUUCAAGACGACAUGGGACGAUGUGGUAUCGUUCGUAACAUCUAUGACGCUAUCGUCGGGUCGUUGUGUCUUUAUUUCGUGCCAGGUUUGAACGUGUUCUGGUUCGCCCUAUCCGCCAUUUCAUUCACCCUCAUUCCCGGCAUCGUGUUCAACGUCCGUCUGGCAAAGUACCUUCGACGUCCAACUCAUUCAGCGCCUCGAGAAUCGGUAGUCUGCAACGGCUUCGCAGUCUACCCCCCUACACCGACCGGGACUUCCCUAAGUUCGAUACGGGGAUCGCCAGCGAGUAUGGGCCGGCGCCUGAGUGAGAGUCUGGUCAACUUAAAAUUCCCUAGUCACUUAACAACCAAAUUUAAUGGAGCAGAGAGCCCAUAAAUCAACCGAUGAUGGCGUCAUGAUUAUUAAUACCUACAUAAAGAAAUCCAGCAAAACGUGAUAAUAGCAAAUCUAUUUCGAUGUGUGUGAUCCAUAAUACGACGUCAUGUUUUUGAAUAAUGGCCCUUGACCCGCCCCCUUGAAAAUAUGACAGCUUUCUCCAAAUAUCUACAUUAUUUUAUGCAAUGCUUAUUUCGCUGGGAAUAUCAAUUUAUGUUGUAAAGCAUGAUCACAUUUGAAUUUGUCACAAACUUUCCAUUUAUGGUGGUCAUUGCAAUGUUCAACUUAUUUUGUGAGGAAUAUACUAUUUGAAUAAUAAAUUGUUGUAUAUACAUGUAUAAUACUUUUAAAAACCAUUUUUGUUACUGACUCUGAU